UGGGACCCAUAUAACGGCUUUUUCUGAAGGAUCCGACGCGAGAGCCAGACCGCCUUUUCGCGCGGCCGACGGCCAACCAUUUUACUUUUCCAUUACAUUUUAGCCAAUAAUCAGACCAACCCAUAAAUUUUCUUCAACUUUUAUCAGCGGAGGAGUCGUGGGUUUCUUCGCUUUCAAAGGUUAGUAACUACAGUAAACAAAAGAGACACGCCUAUACUAGACAUACGCUUUCGGUUUUGGAAGAUAUUAAAGAUGGGUUUUGAGGUUUGUUGAUGGUUAAGGAAGGUAGCUUUUUUCACCAACCUCCUAGAGAUACUUUUGUUGUGAAUAGAGGUCCUUGGUUAAUCUGCAGUAAAGUGCUGUUUAUAGAUAUUACAUAAGAUGACUAUGUAUCAGCUAGAUCCUGAUGUUGUAAGGUGGGGUCUUCACCUUAUAGAUGUUUGCUCUCUUUCAAAUGAUGGUUCUCCAGAAACUGUUACUUGUUAUGAGAAGGAUUUGUCCCAGACCAAGCUUGUCAAGGAAGGUUUCUGUAACCCAACACACUCUUUUGCGGAGAAUGAUGAAGUUAUUGCUCACGCUCUUCAGGAAGAAUUAUCAAGGGUUGCAGCUGCAGAUGCAUCAGGAUUUACAUCUGCCGGACAACUUCAGGGAGAGCUUCGUAUUGCUCAGGAUUGGUUUGGUCCUUCAGGAAGGGACUUGAAUUCUGGGUUUCACAGUAAUGAAGAAGAGGUGGGUGAGAAGGAAGAAGUUUCAUCUCACCUCAAGGAAUUAUCACUUGAGGGUGAGUACGAGUAUGUUUUACCAGAGAUAGAAGAUGAAUCAGUUCUUGAUGGUGAAUUAGGCAAAAGGCUGAAUCAGAUGGUUUCGGUUCCACAUGUUCCUAAAAUUAACGGAGAAAUACCAUCUGCAGAUGAAGCCACAUCAGAUCAUCAAAGGCUCCUGAACAGAUUGCAGUUAUAUGAGCUAGCUGAACUCAAAAUUCUGGGAGAUGGUAAUUGUCAGUUUCGGUCACUGUCAGAUCAAAUAUAUCGGACUCAGGAACAUCACAAAUUUGUAAGAGACCAAGUAGUGAACCAGCUGAAAUCACAUCCUGAGUUGUAUGACAAUUACGUCCCUAUGGCUUAUGGUGACUACUUGAAGCAAAUGAGAAAAAGUGGGGAAUGGGGCGAUCACGUCACAUUGCAGGCUGCUGCAGAUUGUUAUGGCAUCAAGAUCUUUGUCAUUACAUCAUUCAAGGAUACGUGCUAUACAGAGAUUCUUCCACAAAUUCAGAAGUCAAACAGAAUUAUAUUCUUGAGCUUUUGGGCUGAAGUGCACUAUAAUUCGAUUUAUCCACUAGGAGAGCUGCCUGUGGUGGAAGGCAAGAAAAAGAAGCGGUGGUGGCGGACAUGAAUUUUCAUUGCCGGUUGGAACAAUGUUGCCUCCUCUGGGAAUUUUCGUACUUGGAAUGUAGGUCUGUGUGCUCUUACUCAGUCCUUGUAUAAACAUCAUAGAUGAGAAUUGAGGUUGUCUCUAAUUACAUCUAGUAGGUUCCUUCCUUGUACGUAACAGUUUUCAUGACAUGUGUUUCUGUUGUUACCCCUCUUUUCUUGUGUACAUAUUAUAUAUGCAAUCCGGGAUUAUUAUGUCA